UCAGCUCUCUCUCUCUCACCCUCUCACUCCCUCUGCUCUCAGAAUUCUCACACAGCAAGCACAAAUAACAUGCUGGGCCUGCUCUGCUAUACGUUUCUAGUCACUUUCAUGCAACAGUUUUCCUGCAGAGCACAAAGUAAUGGUCAGUUAGCUGCACCGAAGGCUGGAGCAGGCAGCCCUGAGCGCAGGCAGUUCUGUCACUGGCCCUGCAAGUGCAGCAUCAAGCCCUUGUGUGCUCCGGGAGUCAGUCUGGUGAAGGAUGGCUGUGGAUGCUGUAAAAUGUGUGCCAAGCAAGUCGGGGAGAUCUGCAAUGAGGCUGAGGUGUGUGACCCUCACAAGGGGAUGUACUGCGACUAUUCAACCGACAGGCCUCGCUUUGAGGUUGGUGUGUGCGCCUAUAUGAUGGGAGUCGGAUGUGAGCUCAAUGGUGUUUUUUAUAACAACGGUCAGACAUUUCAGCCCAGCCCCCUGUACAAAUGCACAUGCGUUGCAGGUGCGAUUGGCUGCAUGCCCGCUUUCGAUCAAGGAAUUGCUGCUAAACCAGCACAACUCAGUGCUGCCAAUGAUCCAAGGAAGCACCAACAGGAUACAACCUACAGAGCAAUGCCAGCUUACAGGGGUCAUCCUGUAUCAUGGAAGAGGAGCUGCCUGGUCCAGACCACGCCAUGGAGCCCCUGCUCCAAGUCCUGCGGGAUGGGCAUCUCCGUCAGGGUGAACAACGACAACAGCAAAUGUGAAAUGAGGAAAGAGCGCAGGCUCUGCUUCCUGCGGCCUUGUGAUAGCAAUAUACUACGAAAAGUGAAGAUACCAAAAGGAAAAACUUGCCAGCCAAAGAUCCAGCCACAGAAACGAGAGAAGCUAACUCUUUCUGGCUGUACAAGCAAGCAAAGCUACAAACUCACGUACUGUGGAGUCUGCAGCGACAAGCGCUGCUGUAGCCCCAACAAAUCCAGAAUGAGUACUGUACAGUUCAAUUGCACUGACGGGGGAAUCUUUAAGUGGAAGAUGAUGUGGAUCACCUCCUGCGUAUGCCACAGGAACUGCAAAAAGCCUGGAGACAUGUUCUCUGAACUCAGAUUUCUUUAG